AAAUGAAAAGUUGUUCUAUGUAGAGAGGAAAGCAAGGUGAUAGAGAUCAAAUUCAGCAAAUUAUGAAGUUUUUUAGUUUAUUUCUUUUAAUCAGGGUUUGCUUGUGCUCACUAUUUGACGGUGAGCCCCUGAAAGGAGCAAGUUUAAAACCAAACCAAACAAAGGAGUUUUUUAGCAGAAAAAGAUCUUUAUCACAAUCAGAGCCAUUGCACUUAGUUUUUCAGGAAGUGUCGGAACUUGGAAGAGAAGAUCAAAACAGUCCGGUUCGUAAGCCAACGUUUCCAAAACGAAGCCGGUUCAACGUAGAAUCAUUUCAGCCGGUUGAAGAAAUAGAAAACGAUCUAUUCAAGCAGGAAACGCAACUAAAAACUGAUGAAAUUCUGGAGAAAAUUCGCAAAUUCUCAAAAGAUGGUGCAAACAGAGUUAUCCAUGGAAAUACUGGAAAACAAAAUGUGACGUUACAGCACGUGAUCGAGGUCAAAUCAGACUUGUUACAAGAACAAAAUACUCAGCAGCUGUCAAAUGUUCUCUUCAAAG